CGCGGCGCCGAGCGCCAAGACAGCGAGGGGCGGGGCUUCGGGCCGUGCCGCCGCGCCAUUGGUCGGCACCGCCCCGCCGGCCGCCGCGCAUUGGUGAAUGCUCAAAUUCAGUCUCAAGGCGCCAGAGGAGGUGUUUUAGCGGGGACCGCGAUCCCGGGCUGGGAGCUUGGCUUAGGCGGGUAGGAGACGCUGUCGCUAAGCGGACACCGCGGGUGGAGCGGAGGAUCUGCGAGCCUUACCCUGCCCUGCCCAUGUCGCCAGGCGGCCGCUGAGAUCUACGCGCUCUGCCCGCUCACGCGUGCGGCUGCGGGCGUCCCCGGAGAGAGCCUCCAUCGCGCAGCGACUAUGGAGGUAAAUUGUUUAACACUAAAAGACUUGAUCAGCCCCAGGCAGACAAGACUAGAUUUUGCAAUUGAAGAUGCAGAGACUGCACAAAAGGAAAAUAUAUUUGUCGACCGAUCAAGGAUGACCCCAAAGACACCAAUGAAAAACGAGCCAAUCGACCUAUCAAAGCAAAGACUCUUUACUCCAGAGAGAAACCCAAUUACUCCAGUAAAGCCUGUGGACAGGCAGCCGCAGGUGGAGCCCUGGACACCCACAGCCAACCUGAAGAUGCUCAUCAGUGCAGCCAGCCCAGACAUAAGAGACCGGGAGAAGAAAAAGGAGCUGUUCAGACCCAUUGAGAAUAAGGAGGAUGCAUUCUCGAACUCCCUGCAGCUUGACGUGGUUGGUGACGGGGCUGUGGAUGAGUAUGAAAAGCAAAGGCCAAGCAGGAAACAGAAGAGCUUGGGGCUGCUGUGCCAGAAGUUUCUAGCUCGCUAUCCGAGUUACCCCUUGUCAACAGAGAAGACCACCAUCUCCCUAGAUGAGGUCGCUGUCAGUCUUGGUGUGGAAAGGAGACGCAUCUAUGACAUUGUAAAUGUGCUGGAGUCACUGCAUCUGGUCAGCCGGGUGGCUAAGAAUCAGUAUGGUUGGCAUGGUCGGCACAGCCUUCCCAAAACCCUGAGGACCCUACAGAGACUGGGAGAGGAGCAAAAGUACGAGGAGCAGAUGGCCUGCCUCCAGCAGAAGGAGCUGGACUUGAUGGAGUAUAGGUUCGGAGAACGCAGGAAAGACGGGUCUCCGGAUCCCCGAGAUCCACACCUACUUGAUUUCUCUGAAUCCGACUACCCCUCUUCAUCUGCAAACAGUCGAAAAGAUAAAUCUCUAAGAAUUAUGAGCCAGAAGUUUGUCAUGCUGUUCCUCGUCUCCAAAACCAAGAUUGUCACCCUGGACGUAGCUGCCAAAAUCCUCAUAGAAGAAAGCCAAGAUGCCCCGGACCACAGUAAAUUUAAAACAAAGGUACGGAGACUCUAUGACAUAGCCAAUGUUCUGACCAGCCUGGCUCUGAUAAAGAAAGUUCACGUAACAGAAGAGCGAGGCCGUAAACCAGCCUUCAAAUGGAUCGGGCCCGUGGACUUCAGCUCCAUUGAUGAAGAACUGCUGGACGUCUCUGCAUCCGUCUUACCGGAAUUGAAGAGGGAAACAUACGGCCAGAUCCAAGUGUGUGCAAAAGAGAGGCUGGCGCGGUAUGGUUCCUUCAACACAGUUCAGACGUCUGAGAAGAUACAGAGAAAAGUGAGCUCCGAACCCAGCAGCCCACAGGGAGGAAAGCAAGGGUCAGCCUAUUCCCUGGAAAUUGGAAGUCUGGCAGCCAUCUACAGACAGAAAGUAGAAGAUAAUUCGCAGGGGGAAACCUUUGUCAGUAAGAGAGCGGUGCCUCCAGCAAGCGUCGUAGACCCCACCCUCCCCGUGGAGUCCGAGUACUGUGUCAAGCCUUUAGCCCAGCCCGUAUUUUCUGUUGCUCAAACAGAUUUGCCCGCCUACUCUGCACAGAAUGGUCUGAGCGGACAAGUAGGUGUCCCCGUUCCUUCUGCAGCCUCUGAGGCAGAGAGCUUAAAGCCAGGUCUGCUCGCCAGCCAGCCCCUGGUCUACGUGCCCUCCACUCCACUCUUCAUGCUGUACGGGAGUGUACAGGAGGGACUGUCCCCAGAGUCAAGAUCAGAAGAGGAUGGUGGUAGCUCGGAUGUCCCAGCUGACCUGUCAGUGAUGCCCUCUGCUCAGAAGCGCCUGUGUGAGGAGAGGGAUUCUCAGGAGGAGGAGGAGCCUGCCACGAAAAGACAAAGUCAGGAAUUUGAAGACAGCCCCUUAUCCCUAGUUAUGCCCAAGAAACCCCCAAGUUCCACAGACCUCGCCUGUCCUGCGACCUUGGGAAAUGGGAGAUCUACACCCCUGGAAAAUGCCUGUGUUAAGGGUCAGCUCCCUGCUACGGAAGAAGUUUCAGGAAAGGCUGCCCCAAACUACUUUGUGGCAUCCGAAUGUGGAAACCCAGCAAGAAAUCCAGACACUGAAAAGCCUUCCAACGAAAAUGAGAUCACCAAAGACCCCUCCCUGCUGCAGUAUCUCUAUGUGCAGUCUCCUACAGGGUUAAAUGGUUUUAACAUGCUCUUACCAGGCACUCAAACCCCCCACGCCGCGGCCCCCUCCCCGGCUCAGCUGCCAUCCUUCGGUGUUCCCUGCAUGUUCCUACCGUCUCCAGGCCUGGGCCCCUUUCCAGUCCUCUAUUCUCCCGCAAUACCCGGGCCCAUUUCUUCAGCCCCUGGCACUCUCCCAAACACGGGACCCAUGAACUUUGGCUUGUCCACCCUGGGAUCUGCCUCUCAUCUCCUCAUCAGCCCGGCAGCCAUGGUCAAUCCAAAGUCAUCCACCCUCCCCUGUGCAGAUCCCCAACUUCGGUGUCAGCCUUCACUCAACCUGAGUCCGGCGAUGCCAGGCUCACACAGCAUCGUCCACCCCGAGUCCCCAAGCUACGUGAGACAUCCAGUAUCGAUGGUAAAGGCAGAGCAGUCUCCUGCACCAGGAACUCCCAAGAACAUCCAACGGAGACAUCAGGAGACAUUCUUCAAGACUCCUGGCAGCCUUGGCGAUCCUGUCUUUAGAAGAAGAGAAAGGAACCAAUCACGAAACACUAGCUCAGCCCAGAGGAGACUAGAAAUCUCUAGCAGCGGACCUGACUAGCCUGAUGCUUCAGCGGGUGGGGUGGCCUCAGUACCUGACGUUCCCUGUGUCCCAGACAAAUGUCCUAAGUGGAACAUGGGCCACCCCGGUCCUCAGCUUGUGUCCUUGCUCUCACUCGAUCCACUGGUUCUGCUAACUGCCCGAUAUCAUGAGUCAUCUAGUUUCCUGGAAGUAAUGAUUACUAAUUAUGCGUUUCGUACCACCUAGCGUCCAGGCUGUGCUCUCGGUGUGGCCGAGGCAUUGCUGUGUGACUGCUGUGGUUUUUCUGAAGCAGGGUUGCCUAGCACUUAACCAGGGUGUUGGUGAUGUGCCUCUCCACCUGCCCUGAGCAAGUCUGUAGUGAGAACUGUCUCUGCAGCCUAAACACGCUACUGCUUCCUUAGGCUCCAGGAAGCCACCUUCAGUGAGGAAUCCUACGGUAUUAUUUAUUUUGUCCCGGAAGCGGGACUUUACUGCACAAAGUUUACAACAGCAUCCUAACAUAUCUUCAGGGUAUCGCGACUUGAAUGUUUAUACUUUUUUGUUGUUGUUAUGAUUUGCCCUGCACUUAUUCUACAACUUAUUAAUAAUGUGGAUAAAUGUAUAUACGUGAUAAAUGUCAAGACCAAAAUAACUGUGAAUGCUACACCUAGCCAUUAAUGAACUAUGCUGACCCCUCUGGAGUUGUGGGAAUGAAAACUGAAGUCUAGGUGCCUCAUGGCUGCUCCUCCAGUUGGGUCUCACUGUUUGAAACAAAACAAAUGUUCCCAUGCUCAGCUGCCAAGCCCCGUGGAUCCUAAUUUGAAUAUUCACUGUAGAGUGCCCGGGGCCUUCUCACAGUUGCUGUUUAUAAUAAGACGAAUCAGGAUGGCAGAGCGGAGUGGAGACCAUCGGAACCUGGAUAUGAGUUUUGGUUGAAUUGUGAAGCACAAUGACAGGGAGAUAUAGAGCAAUAGACAAUUCUUUUCUUUUUCUUUUACACAUUCUCCUUGUGUUUGGAGGAGAAGGGGCAUUCUGUCCAUUUCCAAGAGUGUUCAUUCAUACGUUCCGUGGUCCACCCAGAAGAAGCGCGGUGAGCACAGGGGUUGGCUGUUUGAACAAAUAGUUCUGGAAAGUGCAUGUGGCCUUAUGGUCCCCUGUGUUGUACACCGAUGUUACCACACACUUGUCUCUUCAAAGUCAACCUUUACUUUUCUACUUCCUUUUUCUCCUUCCAGUCUGUUCUAUUUAAACAUCUUAGAGUCUUAAUAUAAGGCUAUUUUUCCUCUGUAUUUCUGUACCCUGCGAAGGUUAUAAAAAGGUAAAAACAUUAAUUUAAGAGACUCUGGGAGUCUGAUCAGCUUUAUAUUAACUACAGGAUACUUUUAGCCUUACUACUCCCAACACUAGCUUUGGGAAACUUGAGAUCGGUAGCCUGUUUAACACAUUCGCUACUUAAUCAAAUUCUUCAACACUAAGCUUAUAAAGUUGCAAAAAAAAAAAAAAGGUAUUGUUCCCUUUUUAAAAUUUUUUUUUUCUUGAGUCAGGUAAAAAUUGCAUGGUAUUUAUAAAGCCACACUGCUGGCUCCUUGCUGGAACAUGAAAGUAACCCCUUUUCAGGAGUGACAGACAUGCAGCGAGUGAGUCUUCUAUGCACUGCUUGCUUUUAAAAUCCGUCAUGCAUAGGAACUUCCACAAAGCAUUUCCAUCAAAAAAAAAAAAAUCCACAUUUUGAUACAAACUUUUUUUCUUCUCUCGCUCCUGGAUAGUCUUCAUUUAUUUUAACCCUUUUUGCUAUACUUUCCUAUUAUUAUACUUAAUUAUUCUGUUUUGUGAAUUGACCAUAUUAACCUCAGAGAAUUUAUGAUUCUUGGGAGGCAUCAAGCAGUUCCAUCCUCAGAAAACAAAAGUUACUUCUGUAUGAGGGUCCCACUCGGUGUGGCUCCCGGCUCUUCCAGAAGACUGGCCUUUGAAGCUGUACGGCCAGAUCUGAGUGCCUGAGAUGGAGAAGCAGUGGCUUCCCGUUUAGUGCAAGAAGAGAUAACUGUUCAUGGAGGGCAUGGGCUUUGAGUCAGCACUGAGAGGAUGUGCUACCUCACACCAUGCCGUUCGGGGUUUCCAAAACCCUGGCAUUCUGGUACAAGAGUUGGGGUAUAGCUUAUACUUGAACCUACCUACUAAGUUUACACUGCUCAAUGUAAGGUGCUAUUUCUGUACUUAGGUAACUGUAAUGUAAAGCUGCUGCCCGCUUAGCUCUUUGCACUGCUUGGCUUACGUAGGUGUUAAUUUUAUUGCUGCUUGCUGCUUCAUUGUCCUGGGUUUUGGCUCUGCUCUUUCCUCGUGGCUCUAUUAUCUGUAGCCACCGACUUGUAACGCCACUGCUACAUGUAAACUGAUCUUUCCUUUUAGAAAAAUACUAAGCUGUAUAAAGUAGCAAUGAAAAUAAAUGCAUUUAGUAAGACA